AAUGUUGGCAUCAUAAUAAUGUAUUAAAAUAUAUACAAACAUUUAUAUUUAAUGGAAAUAAUACUUUUAAUAAUAAAUGUUGUGAACUUUAUGAAGCUCUUGCUCUAUGUUGCAAAAGUAUUAAAUUUUUAUCUGUUCAAGGAGGAAUUGGAAAUGAUUCAAAUGGUGAUGAUGAUGUUGGUGAAUCAUUAGCAAAUUUAAUUCAAAAUCAACGUCACCUUUACGCUGUACAAAGUUGUAAGGGUCAAGGACUCCAUAUUAGGGUUAAG